CUGCACUCAGACGACAUGGCCUCUCCACGGCUGUACGGCCGAGCGGCGCUGGACAUCGCUAAUGUCAUGCAGAAGCUGCAGGAUGAGCAAGAGGCAGUGCAGAAGAGAACCUUCACAAAAUGGAUCAAUUCUCAUUUAGCAAAGCAUAAACCACCACUGGAGGUGAAUGACCUGUUCGAGGAUAUUAAAGAUGUGGUGAAGCUCUUGGCUCUGUGGAGGUGCUGUCUGGUCAGAGACUUCCAUGUGAGCAAGGCCGCCAGCUCAAGAGGAUCCACUGGGUCUCUAACAUUGGCACCCGCACUCAAAUUCCUCGAAGGCCGAAAGAUUAAACUGGUUAACAUUCAUGCCACUGACAUCGCAGAUGGACGACCAUCCAUUGUCCUUGGGUUGAUGUGGACCAUUAUCCUCUACUUUCAGAUUGAGGAGUUAACCAGUAACCUGCCAGCCUUACAGGCCUUAUCCACUAGCAACUCCUCCGUAGAGAGCAUUCCAGGCUCAGAAACAGGAAGUCCUCCAAUGAAGAGGAAGGUGGUCAACAAGUUUCAGGGCAAUGCCAAAAAGGCCCUGCUCCAAUGGGUGCAGUGCACAGCAGCCAAGUAUCAUGGAAUUGAAGUGAAGGACUUCGGGCCCAGCUGGCGCAGCGGUGUUGCAUUUCAUUCGGUGGUGCACGCCAUCCGGCCAGACCUGGUGGACAUGGAGGUAGUGCGAAGGAGGACCAACAGGGAGAAUUUAGAGGAGGCCUUUGCACUUGCAGAGAAUGAGCUCGGCAUUCCUCGUCUGCUUGAUCCUGAAGAUGUGGAUGUAGACAAGCCGGAUGAAAAAUCCAUCAUGACAUAUGUGGCUCAGUUCCUGAAACACUAUCCAAACCUCCAUCACUCUGACACCGACGGACAUGAUGAGCUGCUUCUUGGCUCAAUUCCCACUUUUGCACUCUCUGUGCCGGUGCUACAGAGAGAGGAGAGAAAGAUGCUGAGAGAGCUGAAGGUGUUUUUAGACCAGCUGGAGAGAGACGUUCUGCGAGCCCAGGGCGCUGAGGGGAACCUGACUGACAAAUAUACGGCAUUUAAGAGCUUCAGCGUACAGUAUGAGAUGAAAAAAAAGCAGACAGAUCCUCUGCUGCAGCCGGUGCACAAAGACGGCAAGCUGUCUGUGGACCAAGCUCUGGUCAAACAGUCGUGGGAGCGCGUGUCUGCCAGGCUGCUGGACUGGCACAUCCAUCUGGACAAGUCCCUGCCUGGUCCUCUGGGUGUGAUUGGAGCCUGGCUUCACCGUGCAGAGAUGGCUCUGAGAGAUGACAUUCCCAUCCACCAUGCUCAUGACGAGACAGCCAAUGUUAUCCACAGAAAAUUAGAACAGCAUAAGGAAGUAUUAAAAAACCUGGAAUCGCACCGGCAAACUUUCCAGCAGAUCCACAGGGACAGAUCUGUGAAUGGAGUUCCUGUCCCACCAGAGCAGCUUCAAGACAUGGCUGAACGGUUUAACUUUGUAUCCACAUCAUCACAUGCUCAUUUGAUCAAACUUGAAUUCUGGGAAAUGAAGUAUCGACUGAUGGCUUUCCUUGUGUUGGCUGAGUCAAAGCUCAAGUCCUGGAUCAUCAAAUAUGGCAGAAAGGACUCUGUGGAACUCCUUUUGCAAAGUUAUCUUACAUUCACUGAAGGUCAUCGGUUCUUUGAGCAGUAUGAGAUCAUCUUCACAUCACUCAAACAGGCAGCAAAGGUUUAUGUCAAGUCCGACAGUUCAAUUGAUGAGGCAGAAGGGGUGAGUAAAUUCCUCAGCGAUGCCACAGCUCAGUGGAAGAACCUGGCCUUGGAGGUGCGAAGUGUGCGCAGUAUGCUGGAGGAGGUGAUCUCCAACUGGGAGAAGUACAGCAGUACAGUGGCAGCUCUGCAGGCCUGGCUGGAGGACGCUGAGCAGAUGCUCAACCAGUCAGAGAGCACCAAACGGGACUUUUUCAGAAGCCUCUGUCACUGGAUCCAGCAGCACAUGGACAUGAAUGACGCCGGGAACUUCCUCAUUGAGACUUGUGAUGAAACAGUGUCUCGAGAUUUGAAGCAGCAGCUUCUUCUUCUAAAUGGCAGAUGGAGAGAGCUUUUUGUCAAAGUCAAACAUUAUGCAAGAGCCGAUGAGGUGGACAAGUUAAGACAAGACUACCAAGAUGGGAUUAAUACCCUGAAAAUGUUCAUGGAUGCAACCAAUGAGAAGAUGACCACUCCUGUUCAAGUAUCUUUCCUAAAUGUCAGGGCUUUUGUUCAAGACGUUGAGGAAAUCAAGCACAAAGUUCCUGCUAUGGAAGCAGCAUGUAAGGCAGCAAGUCGUACUGCUCAGCUGUUAACCAAAGACACUCCACCAGAGGAGGUUUCACAGAUGAUGGCUGUCAUGUCCUCAAUCAAAGAACAGCUGAGCAAGGUGAGGGAGAGAUGUUUACCGUUGCUGAGGGAGUCCCAGUCGCUUUUACCUCCACUGGAAGAAAUGGAGAAGAACAUCACAGGCUUCUAUCAGGCUCUGGAGAAAGCCAGCCAUAUUACCAGCACCAUGGACUCUGAGGGGCCGGUAGACUUCAAACAAAAAUGUCAGGAGCUGGCGACCUUCACACACAGUUGUAAGAAGUGUUUGACAGUGAUCGAAAGAACCCACCAGAGCAUCCAGAAGAUAAUGAAUAGCAGUAAAACCCUGCAACACAUGGAUAUGAAACUCCUGCAGAAACGAGUCCUGGACCUGCAGGCCUCAUCACAGACCAUGAUUAGGGAGUCCACAGAAUGGCGGAAGCAUGUGGAGGCAAACAGUAGCCUCAUGAAGAGGUUUGAUGAGUCACGGUUAGAGCUGGAGAAGGUUCUUAAAAUGGCUCAGAACUGUCUGACAGAGAGAGGCAACCCAGAGGAGCUGCUCAAGAAGCACACGGAGUUUUUUGGCCAGCUGGACCAGCGUGUCUUGAAUACAUUCCUCAAGGCUUGUGAUGAGCUGACUGACAUUUUGCCAGAACAGGAGCAGCAGUCUCUGCAGGAAACAGUCCGCAAGCUGCACAAACACUGGAAGGAUAUCCAGGCUGAUGCCCCCUUCCACCUGCUACACUUGAAAGUGGAGGUGGAGAGGAGCAAGCUGAUGGUGUCUCUGCAGGAGUGCCAGGCCGAGUUGACCAAGGAGAACCGCCACCUUACAGGGAUGGGCAGUGAACGUCUCAUCAAGGAGCACAGGGCUUUCUUCAGGGAAAAGGGUCCGCAGUCCAUCUGUGAGAAGAGGCUGCAGCUGAUGGAGGAACUUUGUCAAAAACUCCCAGAAGGCGACCCCGCCCAUCAGACCCUGGAGACGGCAAGAAAGGACUUCGCUGAGGUCCGAGAGGAAAUCGAGAACACCCAUCAGAAGCUAAUGCAACACCAAGACAAAUGGAAGGACUACGAUGCAAGAUAUGCUGAACUCUCCUGCUGGCUGAUUUCCAAAGAAAGCCAACUGAGGCUGUUGAGAAGCAGAGCCAACGAUCCCAGAAAGUACAGCCAAGUCAAAGCUACCAUCACGGAACUGAGAAAUGAUGCCGAGCUGCAGGAGGGCAAUCUCAGCUGGCUUAAAGCCCGUAUGGCUGUGCUCAUCGAGAUCUGUGCUGACAGUGAUGCCCAGAGGCAAGGAAGUGCACUAAGCAAGCUCUCCUCUGACUUUAAGGCUCUUCUUCUGUCUCUCGUAGAGGCAGAGAAAAUGGUGUUGGCUGUGGGUGACUGCGUACAGUUCAGGGAGGAAGUACAAACUACUUUGGAUGAUCUUGUUCAGGGGCAGAGAGAAGUUCAGGCUGAAGUCACCAAAAUAUUGGAUUGCCAAACUGUUCGAGAAGCCCAGCAGCUACAUCUCAUCCACGAGCAACUGUUAAAACGGCUCAAGCUGAAGCGAAGGAAUGUGCAGCAGCUCAUCACCAGAGGCCAGCAGCUCCAGGCUGAGGAGGGACUGGGAGAGGCUCUGCAGCAAGACCUGCAGUGUUUAGAGAACACACUCAGCAAAAUGGAGCAGAAUAUGGAUUCACAGGAGCAAAGCCUUGAGGUCACACUGGCAGCCUGGCAGGAGUUCGACAGUCAGCAGGAAGCGGUGAUUGAGUUUGUCAACAAGGCACGUUCCACAAUGGAAAGAGAUCUGAACUUUAGCAGCCCGGAGAGCCUGGCAGUGGAACUGGACCAGGCCAGAGUGAUGCUGAAGCAGUGUGAAGCAGAGGCCUCUCAUAUGAACACGUUGUUAAAAAGAGCUACAGAAAUCCAGCUUGGUCCAAAGAAUAAGAAUUUGCUUGUUCAACAAGCUCGUUCCUUGAGUGAGCAAGUGGACAAAGUGGAGGCUGGCCUCAAAAAUGAUGUCAAGACUUUGGAAGAAAUGAAAAUUCAGUGGGAUCGAUUUGGAGCUGGAUUUGACGCCUUUUCUGCAUGGAUAUCGGAAAAGGAGAAGCAACUGGAUGUCCUGAAAAACUCUACUCUUCCUCUUGAGCAACAGAUUAGCACAGUGAAGGCUGUGGGUACAGAGCUUCAGGAGCGGACGGAGGUUCUUUCUCAGCUGGAGGCUGAUUCUCAGGCACUGGCCCAGUUUGUGUCUUCAGGGGAGACUGCUCGCAUCAAGGCCCGUCUGACCCAAAUCGGCAGGUACUGGGAGGAGCUGAAGGAGAGCGUGCAGCAGUUAGACAGUCAGCUGGAAGAAAGCUCCUCUCACCAGCGGAGGUUCAGAACAAGUCUAGAGGAGGUCCAAGCAUCCCUCAGUGAACUUCACACAAAACUGGAGCAUCCUACUAAAUCCUGCACCUCCUCAUCAGAAACCUACCAAACUCUUCAAGACCACAUGGAUGUGUGUCAGAGCCUGGAAAGACUGAAAGGAACCAUGCUGUCCCUGUCAGCUGGCGCCCGAAGACUCAGUGACAGAGAGCAGGCAGAGAAGACGGCGGCAGAGCUACACAGCAGAUACGACCGACUUGUCCACGAAGCCAAAGAGAAACAGAAUGCUUUGGAGAGCCUGCUGUCUCAUUGGCAAAAGUAUGAGAAACAAUGCACAAACUUCAUUUCAUGCUUGGACAGAAGUGAAUCUGCAUCCAAACCAGACAGCCAGUGUCUGUCAGCAGAUAAAGCAAAGCUCCGCAGUGAGCUACAGGAUUUGCAGUCCUUGCAAUGUGAGGUCCAGUCUCUUGAGCUGGCCCAUGUGGAACUGGCAUCUUUAGGGACAUUAUUGUAUCCUAAUGCACCAGAGGAGAGAGUGAAGCAGCUAAAAGAUGAACUGGAGACACUACAAAAAAGAUUGCAUGUUCAAAAAGAAGUCAUCCCUCAGAGAAUCAAAGACAUCCAAAGCCAUUUAUCCCUGGUGGAGCAGUUUGACCAGGCCCUGAUAAAAUUUUCUCAAUGGAGCGACUCCGUCCUUUCAAAUUUACACUCAUCUUGUCAAAUCAACAUUACCAACCUACAGUCUGCUGUAGUUCAAGUAAAGGAAAUCCAGGCGUCCUUAGAGAAGCACUCCAGUGUGAGACAGAGCUUAGAACAGCAGACUGGUAAGCUCUGUCAGUUCUGUGAGCCUGCUGAUGCAGAGUUCUUCCGAAGCAGAGCAGAAAGUUGUCUGCAGCCCUACCUGGAGGCUAAACACCUUGCAGAGCUCCAGUUAGAAUGCCUGGAAAGACUUGAAGCCUUUCUGCAGUCCCACAGCAUGGCUGCAGGAGUGUUGCGUGGUCUGAGACAGACUGUGGAAAGUGCUGGUAGCUGGGACCGGGGACGAGUAGACGAGCUGCAGCAGGAGCUGGCCAUUAUUGUCCCUGAUAUUACUCAACUUGAACCUCUAGCAGUUCAUCUGGAUAGCAGUCUAUGCAAAAGCCAUCUCCACAUUGGUGCCGAUGAAGGUUCUCGUAAGUCAUGCCGCAUGUUGGCUGAUUCACUCAGUGCUGAAUUGGAUACAGUGAGGAACUUGCUUGGUACUAAGCAGAAUGAAGCUGAGGCCUUGGGGGCUCUGUGGACCUCAUUCAGACAGCGGAAGGAGCAACUACUUAAAGCUGUGGAGGAUAUUGAAGAGAAAGCAGACCACCAGAGCUUCAAAGAGCCUACUCUGCACGCUGUCCAACAGAGGCUGCGUUUCUUUAAUCAGCUGGAGGAUGAGCUGCAGUCACAUCAGCAUGAAGAGCAGUGGCUGAGGGAUAAAGGCAACCAGCUGGCCCAAAGAGACGCCGAGCUGGCAGGGGAGGUGCUGAGGGAAAUCAGCCUGUUGGAGACCACAUGGGAAGACACCAAGAGGCUCAUCAUAGAAAGACAGGAACAGUGCAAUGUUCUUGCUGAGCUCAUGAGAGAAUACCAAGCCCUGAAAACCUCAAUCAGCAGCAUCAUUGAAAGCACUGAAUCUAUUGUGGAGAUAAGCUCUGUUUUGAAGGAUUAUGAGGAAACCAAAAGAUUGCUUACAAAGCAUGAGACAGUGAAAAUAGAUAUGGCCAGCAAGCAACAUGAACUGGACCAGUUUUCCAGCAAAGGAAAGCUGCUUGUGACUGAGCUAAAGAAGAUUCCUGAGUGUGAUUUUCAAAUGAUGAAAAAGGAUGCAGAGACACUUGUGGAUCAGUGGCUGGAUGUGUCUGAGAAGAUCGAUGACAACAUUGAGUGCCUGAACCAGAGUUUGGUAAUGUGGGAAGAUGUCCAUAAAAUGACUGAGGACAUUGAGAGCUGGACAGGCCGCUGCGGGAUUGAACUGAAUGAAAGUCUGAACAAUCUCAACAACAGCCAGAAGCUGGCAGCAAGACUCUCCACACUACAGAUAGAAAUAGGGGAAAAGGAGCAGAAACUAGAAACUCUACAAAGCAAAAUCUCAGACCUGAAGAAGUGCAUUCAAAGUCAAGACACCCCUGCAAAAUUACAGGUGCUGGAAAAUGACCUGCGAAAGAAAAUCAGCGCUGUUCAGAAGCUACUCGACCAAUCCAGGGGGAACCUCAUGGACUUUAGUUCUCAAAGGAAACAGUUGGAAGAUUACAUCUCACAGAUGUCUGCGUGGUUAAAAAGUAUGGAGGAUUCUCUGGUUUCAUCUCCCACCGGCUCUGAUCCUGAGGACAUCUGCAGAGUCAAGGACCUUCAAAAAGAGCUGCAAAAUCAGCAAGGAAGUAUCGACUCGACCAGGGAGAGCCUCAACACUUUGUGUCGAAAAUAUCCCUCUGAGGAGUUGGCCAGCUUGGGCUCAGCUCUGACGGACCUCAUUAAGACUUAUGAGUGUGUGAACCAGCUCUCAGCCAGGACACUGGCAUCGCUUCAGAACUGUCUACAGCAGCAAUUUAACGACCUGGCUCAAGAGUUCCAUCGCUGGCUUUCAGAACAGAGGGAAAUUGUGAAGGAGUGCUCUGACAGAUCAGGAGACACUUACAUUGUAGAACGCAAGCUACAGAAGCUGAAGGGUGCCAUGGAACGUGUGGAGGAAGGUGAGAUGCGUCUUACUCAGGUUUGUGAGGAAGGUGAGAAGCUCCUGCUCCACCUCCCUAAAGCCAGUGCUGGGCAGGUACAACAGCACCUUUCCUCCAUUCAGCAGGACUGGGACAGCUUUGUAGAGCAGUGCAGGCAGAACCAACAAAUCCUGGAGGACAGUGCUUCCCUGAUGAAAGGGUUUGAAAGCCGUCUGAAGAAGCUGAAGUGGUGGUUGGAGCAUAUGGAAAAGAGGAUGACCACUGACCUUCUUGAAGCAAAGCAGCGUGGUCCUGAGAAGGCUAUACUUGAACAAGUGGAGGAGUAUCAGCAGGAAGUGCUCAAAGAAAGGGAUUCCUUUGAGCGCCUGUGUCAGGAGGGCCAGGCGCUGAAUGAGGGUGGCCGAGGUGACGGUUGUGAGACCAGAGUGUCGGCUCAGCUGCAGUCACAGCACCAGGCUUUGCUGAGGCGUGUGAGAGAGACCAUGCGCAGCUGCCAGCUCACUUUACAGGAGCAACAGGCCUUCGAAGAGACACUGCAGGCUACCUGGGCCUGGCUUCACGGAGUCCAGGAACGCCUGGCUUCACUCAACAGCACAGUUGGCAACAAAGAAACUCUAGAGAAGAGGCUGGGGCUUGUACAGGAUAUACUGCUAAUGAAAGGUGAAGGUGAAGUCAAGCUCAACAUGACAGUGGGAAAAGGAGAACAAGUCCUGAAGCACAACAGAAUGGAGGGUCAGGAGGCCAUCUGUUCACAGCUGCAGAGCCUGAAGGAUGCUUGGGCCAAUAUGCUGAUGACCUCCAUGAGCUGCCACAGUCGCCUGGAGUGGACAGUGGCGCAGUGGACGAGCUUUCAGGAAAGCAAGAGUCAGCUGCUGCAGUGGAUGGAGUCAGUGGAACAGGAGGUAGGGAUGAGUCUACCUCAGCAGCCGGGACUCAAAGAAAAGUCGGCUCUGCUCGAGCGUCUCCGGGCCAUCCAAGCUGAUGUGGAUGCUCAUGCUACAGCGCUGUCACGCCUCACAGACAAAGCUGUGGAGAUGCAUGAAAAAACAUCUGACCAGACCUUUGGACCAGAGUCAAGGGCAGAGCUUAAUGCACACUUCGCUGACAUCUCAGCUGUUGUAAAGGGUAAAGUACAGUCCAUGCAAAGCAUUGUGUCUGAACAUGAGCAGUAUCUUGAUGCUGUGAGAGACUUUAAUGACUGGCUCAUAUCAGCAAAAGAGGAGCUCCAGCGUUGGUCAGACCUGUCUGGAGACUCAGUAUCCAUUAAAAGGAAGCUCUCGAAAGUACAGGAGUUGCUUGACUCCAAGCAGCGAGGCAGGGAGCGGCUGAACCGAGUUCAGAGAUGUGGGGCCGUCGCAAGGGAUCACACAGGCUCAGGGGGUUACGAGGCUAUGGAGCGUGAGGAAGCAACCCUGGUGUCGUCAUGGGAACAGUGGGAACGCGGGGCGCUACAGACAAGGACAAGUCUGGAAACUGCCUACUCUCAGAUAGCCAGCUCUGAACAAGAGUUCACCAGUCUUUCAGCACAGAUAGAACAGGAUCUGCAGGACUUCAACCGGCAGCUGCAGGACUGGCGCCUUCGAUUAGCCCAGGCGGAGGGAAAAACCGAUGGAGAGGAAGCUGUUAAAGGCUGGCAGAUUGCUAAGGACACUUUAGAAGAACUUGUUAAAGCUGAACUCAUGUUUGAUAGUCUGAAGACUCAACUGAAUGAUCUGUGCCGAUUCUCCAGAGACAUGGGCACACAGUCUGAAAGAGUGUCCGCUCUCAUUAAGGAAUACAACAGUUUGAGUCUCCAAGCUUCUAGGGAGUGUCAGAGCAAAGAGAAGCUGCUGGAACAAGGGUUCCGCUCUGCCUUCAGAGAGUUUCAACAGUGGUUGGUUAAUGCAAAGAUUAACACAGCCAAGUGCUUUGACGUACCUCAGAAUCUCAAUGAAGCCUCAUCUAGUUUGCAGAAAAUUCAGGAGUUCUUAAGUGACAAAGAACAAGGUCAGUCGAAGCUGAACAUGGUGGCUGUGAAUGGGGAGCUCAUCAGUAGUAUAGCAUCCAAAGACAAAGUGGAUACUGUUCGGGUUAAAAUGAACACCGCCCGAGAGGACUGGAAAACUAUGAUGUCCAACCUUCACAACAGAGAGUCCAAUCUGCAAAACCUUCUGUCUCAAAUGAAGGAUUUUGAGGCAAGUGCUGAGCCUCUGCAGGAGUGCCUGAACGCCACAGAGCUGGCUGUGCAGGAGAGCAGCACGAGGCUUCAUGACCUCACAGCAAAGAAGUUAGAGCUUCACAAGCUUCAGUCUGUGCUUGAGGAGUUAGCCUCUCUUGAGGUUCAGCUGAACAGGCUAAAAGAGAAGGCCCAGCUGCUGUGGGAUGAACACGCGGCCGGAAAGGGCUUUGUGCACCGUGUCUCGCAGCUCUCUGCUCAGUACCUAGCUUUAACCAACCUGACCAAGGAGAAGGCUUCACGGAUUGACCGAAUAGUCACUGAGCACCAGCUUUUCUCUCAAGGGCUAAAAGAGCUACAGAACUGGGUUGCGGACACCAGCCACAUGUUGCAGACCUACUGUGCUCCUACUGCAGACAAAAAUAUUCUGGAUAGCAGGAUGAUCAAACUGGAGGCUUUGCUAACUGCUCGUCAAGAGAAGGAGAUCCAGCUGAAGAUGCUGAUCACGAGAGGGGAGUCUGUUCAGAGAAACACCUCAUCUGAGGGUGUUCCAUUAGUCCAAAAACAAAUACAAGAACUGAAGGAUUCCUGGGAUGCUCUGCUCUCAGCUUCGAUCCAAUGCAAAAGUCAGCUGGAAGGUUCGUUGUCCCAGUGGACCAGUUACCAGGAGGAUGUUCGUCAGUUUGUGUCCUGGGUGGAGCGUGUGGAGGAGAGCCUUGACCCUGCUGAUAAACACUGUCCUGAGAUGAGAGACAAAACUGCAAAUCUAAGCAAAGCUAAGUUGCUGCAUGAAGAAGUGCUAAGUCACAGCACGCUUUUGGACACCAUCACUGCUAAGAGCACCAGUAUUGCUGAGAACUAUGUUACUCAGCUUGAGCUGCAGGAUCUGCAAGAGCGCUAUAAUACUAUCAAGGACAAUGCCAUGAGGGCAGUUGGCAAAGCAGAGGAAUUGGUGAAAGCUCACCAGGAGUAUCAGCGGGGCCUUCAGGCGUUUGAGGACUGGCUGGAACAAGAACAGGAGAAGCUUGGCUGCUACACUCAGCUGGAGGGGGAUGUGGACAUGCUGGAGGAGACGCUCCAAAAGCUGCAGGAACUGCAGCUGCACUGUACAGAAGGCCAGGCGUUGCUGAACACCUUGUUGGUCAGUCGAGAACUGGUGGUCCCCUGGGGCCUACCUCAGAUAGAAGACAGGGCUCUGGAGACGCUGCAGCAGGAGUGGAGACUGUAUCAGGCCCGCUUGGCUGAAACCCGUGCCCAGCUCAACAGUGCUCUGGCCAAACUGCGACAGAUGGAGCAGAAAUUUCAGUGUCUUGACAGCUGGCUGAAGGGAAUGGAGACCAAAGCGCAGCUGCGGAGCCAUCGACGGUCUGAUCGCACAACCAAAGACGCUCAACUCCAGCUCAUCAAGAGCUGGCAGGAGGAAGUUAUGGUUUAUCAAGAGGAAAUGGAGGGCCUCAGUCUGUUGGCUCAGCAGGUUCUGGAUGAGACUCACAUCAGCAGUCGAAUCAGUUCCAGAGCUACCCAAAUUACAGCCCGCUACCAUGCUCUGCUUCUGCACUUACUGGAGACGAUCAAACAGCUCCAAGAGGAAGUGUCUUGCAUUGAAGAAGCACAGUGUGUCUUCAGCACCUUCUCAGAUUGGCUCAGUACAGCCCAGAAUAACUUCAGUACCAUGACCAUAAGUGUUGAUGUUGUGGACCGCUUAGCCAUGGAGAGAAAAAUUAAGAAACUGGAGACUCUUCAGGCUGACAUGGAGCAGGGUCACACUUAUCUAAAGACGAUGAGAGAGAAAACUGAGCGAACCAUGGCAUUCCUGGAGGAGCCGGAAGCUGAGCAGCUGAAGGAGGAGGUGGACACUCGCCUCUUCCAGCUGGAGGAGCUAACAGCAGCUCUGCGCACAGAGCACAGCUGCCUGGAGAAAUGUAUCUCACUUUCUAAAGAUUUCAUGGACAAGUACAAAGCCCAGACCCAGUGGUUAAUGGAGACCAAGAAUCUUUUAGCAUCGAAUGUGGAGCCUAAAGCUGAACUCUACCAGAAGAAGGCUCAGCUAGCAAAGUACAAGACCAUCCAGCAAACAGUGCAGUCUCAUGAGCUAGCAGUGAAAUCUGUCAUCGAGAAGGGGGAAGCAUUGCUUGAUACAGUUCACGACCCCACUAUAAGUGACAAAAUAAAAAAACUGCAGACUGACUACCAAGAUCUCUGCUUAGCGGCCAAGACACAGGUCCAGAACCUUGUGGAAUGGGUGAAGGAGCAUGAGGACUAUAACAGUGAAUUACAGGAGGUGGAGAAGUGGCUCUUACAAAUGUCCAGUCGGCUUGUCACCUCUGACUCCAUGCAGACCAGCAGUAUGGAGAUGGCAACUCAGCAACUGGCCAGACACAAGGCAAUAAUGGAAGAGAUAGGGAGUUUUCAGGAUCGUCUCAAUACUUUAAAGCAGAAAGGAGAAGAUCUUGUUGCCAGCUGUACAGACCAAGUUCAAGCUAAGAUUAAUCAACAAGUGCAGGCUCAUCAACAGGGUACAAGAGACAGCUACUCUGCCAUCUGCAGCACCGCACAGCGGGUGUACCAGAGCCUGGACAGGGAGCUGCAGAAACAUGUGAGCCAUCAGGACACUCUUCAACAGUGCCAAACUUGGCUCUCCACAGUACAGAAAGAGCUCCAGCUCAAUGAUCAGGGACCAUCAGGUCUACAGGAGGCACUAAAGCAGGUGAAGCACUACAGGGCCCUUCAGGAACAGGCCAGUACUUAUCUGGAGUUGGUGUGUUCUGUGUGUGACCUGUCUGAUGAUGCUGUGAGAGUGACAGCAGCUGAAGUUCAACAGGUCAAACUUACGAUAGAGGAGAGGAUGUCUACGGCACAAGAGCUCUCAGAGGGCUGGAGGGAGAUCAAAGACCAAAAACAGGAUCUGAACAGCCUUUUCCAGGACAUGGAGCAGCAGCUCCUCAGCCUGUCCAGAAGGCCUGCAGAACUUGAGAUAAAGAUAGCUCAAAACAUGUUAACACAAGCCAAGGAAUGCAGCCAACAACUGCAGUCCAAACAGAGUAUCCUGACCAAGAUGACUGAGACUGUGAGCAGGCUGACUGGAGGCCAGGACUCUCAAGAACAUGCAGACCUGGAUCGUCUGAGCCAUUCUUGGCUUGAGCUCUGUCACCAGGCCAACAAGCUGCAAAACCAGAGGGAGGAGGACCUACAGAGAUCGAAAGAAUACCAUGACUGUAUCACUGCAGUGGAGGCACUGUUUGAACAGGUGUCCAAGGAGUGGGACAACCUGGCCAGAACGGAUGCUGAAAGUUCAUCUCAACAUCUGGAAGCUUUGCGUAAACUUGCUGUGACUCUUGAAGAACAAAAAGGUGCUCUUGAAGACCUCAAAGAGCAAAAACAAAAGGUCAUCCACCAUCUGAACUUGGAUGACAAGGAGCUGGUAAAGGAACAAAUCAGCCACUUUGAGCAGCGGUGGUCUCAGAUGCAAAACCUUAUUGAAAAGAAAAUCCAGGACUCAAUGAUAACUCUGGAAGAUAUGGGCCAGGUCGAAGCCCGUCUCAGAGAGGCUCGAGACUGGGCAGAGGAACAGCAGCCGGCUCUGUCUGAAGCGAUGAAGAUGAGCCCUCCACCGGAGCUGGCUCAGAGCUUCCUGUUUGAUCAUCUGAGCAUUUGCAGUGAGUUAGAGGCCAAGCAGCUCCUGCUGGACCAGGCCAUGACUGAUGCUGACAGGGUGUUGGCCCGCCUGGGCCUCAGCGAGCGCCAUCAUCUGCAGCAGAUGAUUGCAGACACCCAAUCUGUGGUUGAAUCUUUGAGUGUGAAGGUGGUGCAGCGCAGAAAACACCUCAGCAAAGCUUUCACUGAGAGGACCCAGUUCCUGAUGGCUGUGAGCCAGUCUAUUUCCUGGGUCCAUCAGAAUGAGAAAAAGGCCCAGGCAGAGGAGUACAUCGCUUUGUUGCCCGAUGAUCUGGCCAAGCAGGUCAGAACAUGUAGGAACAUUCAAAGUAGCCUGAAAGCCUAUCAGAGUGAGCUGACCUCCUUGUGGUCACAGGGAAGGGACCUGAUGAGGGAUGCCAGUGAAGACGAAAAGAAUGAGAUUCUCACAAAGUUGCAGGAGUUGCAAAACAUUUUUGAGAAAACGCUUCAUAGAUGUGGCCAAAAACUUCAGGAGCUUGAAAAAGUGCUUGUUUCUAGAAAGUAUUUCAAGACAGAUCUCGAGAAAAUCUGCCUGUGGUUAAAACAAGCAGACAUAAUCACAUUUCCUGAGAUCAAUCUCAUGGUUGGAGAUGCUGAGCUGGAAGCACAGUCAUUAAAGUAUCAGCAGGUUAUUGAACAGGCAAUCGAAUAUGAGAACCUCCUCCUAAUAGUACAAAGAGCUGGUCAGGAAAUCCUGCCGACCCUGAAUGAGGUAGAUCAUUGCUAUUUGGAUGAGAAACUGAACACCCUCCCACAGCAGUACAACAGCAUAUUAGCAUUAGCCAAAGAAAAACAGGAGAAAAUCCAGCAGGCCAUUUUCACACGGAAUGAGUACACUUCAUUUAUCGAUGUCACCCACAAAGCGCUGAAAGAGCUUGAAGAACAAUUUAAUAACCUUGGCACACAACCUGUAGGCUUGCAAACAGAAGAGGUGGUCAGUUUGCAGAGUGAUUAUAAAGCCAUCCAGGUGGAUCUUAGCAACCUGGGUCUAGCUGUGAGCGAACUGAACCAGAAGAAGGAGGGAUUUCGGAGCACAGGCCAGCCGUGGCGCCCAGAGGAAAUGACCCAGCUUGUGAGCUUGUACAAUGGCUUAAAGAGGCUGGUUGAACAGAAAGUAGAGCAUCUGGAUGAAACCCUGGAGUCUUUUGAGGACCACAAGGCCAUGGCUAUGCAGGUUGACUCUGAAUUAAAGGCCACAAAAGAGCAGCUGGUCAAAGUUAAUGCUGAGACACAGUCGGCUGAGGAGAGGCUGAAGAACUACCAUGCCCUGGCAGGGAGUCUCCAGAGUGCCAAUUCUCACUUAUCGAGGCUCAUGGAACAGAUGGACACUCUGGCCCCUCGUGUGGACCAGGCAGCUCAUGAUGCCUCCAAAGAACAGGUGGUUCUGUGGCAAGACGAGCUAAGGUCUUUACAGGCGGCGGUAGGAGAGCUGAUCGAAGAGUGUGAGAACAGGUUCAUUCAAAGUAAAGAUUUUGAGACCGAGAUGAAAAGGACUCUGGACUGGUUGCAGCAAGUCAGGGAUGAGCUGGGCUAUGCUGUUAUUGUGGAUGUCAGGGUGGAAAAGGUGCAGGAGGAGAUCAGGAAGCAGCAGAUCAUGCAGGAGGAGGUGCAGUCCAGACUGAGAAUAGUCGCAGCUCUUAGUAGCAGGGAGAAGCAGAAGUACAUCAGCGCCAAUGAACUCGUCCCAAUCCACGUGGAUACAAGCCUAGAAGAAAUGGCAAAGCUGCAGGCUGAUGUUCAGAAAGCUCUGAGCUCUAAACAGAUUACUCUGGAGGAAGCCCUGGUGUUCUGUCAGAAAUACCACUUCAGGAUGCAGUCAGCCUGUGAAUGGUUGGAGGAUGCUGUAUCCUUCCUGCAGCAAGCAAGCCUAGGUGUGGACGUGGAAAACUAUGAAGAGUGUCUCCGGCAGCAGGGGGGGAUCAUGGCAACGGAGCAGGAGUUCCUCAUCCACCUGGAAGAGCUGCAGACUCUGAUGCCUCAGCUGGAGAAUCUGGUCAACCCCACAGCAAAAGAGCAGCUCAGGGUCAGCGUCCAGUCAGCAAAGCAGAGGGGUGUGGAAGUUCGAGAUCAGCUUCAGUGUCACCAGGAUGUUCUUCACAGCUGUGUGGCCCAGUGGAAGUCAUACCAGGAAGCCAGGCAGACUGUCAUUGAGCUAAUGAAUGAGGCCGAAAAGAAGCUGACUGAAUUUUCAACGGCAAAGGCAGCCACGAGCCAGGAGGCUGAAGAGAAACUCUGCAGUCAUCGAUCCCUUGUAUCGCUGGUGAAUGGUUUUCAAGAGAAGCUGAGUGGUUUAGAGGAGCAGGCUGCCCAGCUGGAGUUGGUGGGCAGUGAUGCCAGCAAGGCCACAAUCAGCCGCUCCAUGACGACCGUGUGGCAGCGCUGGACACGGCUACGCAGUGUGGCACGGGGACAGGAGAGAGUGCUGGAGGACACAGCACAGGAGUGGUGGACUUUCAGAGAGAAGAUGGUGAAAGUCCGAGCGGUCGCUGACGAGCUGCAGAGUCGUGUCCCGGACAGUGCUGUGGAGAAGGCCUCCAAAGCCACACUGCAGUCACUUCUGGACCAGCAUGAUUUGUUGAGCCAAGAUCUAGAGAGAGAGCUGUCAUCCCUCACACUGCUGCGACAGUAUGCCCUCAGCCUGCUGCAUGACGUGGAAGUGCCUUCUCCAACCAAUGACCAAGAAGAACUGCCCAGCCUCAAGGAGAUCCGAGCUGUGCAGGACCAAAUGGAAAGCCUCCUGACACAGUCCCGGACCAAGCGAGCACAGGCAGCUCAGGAACUGAGAGACAGAGAGGAGGUGGAGAAGGAGCUUAGUGUUGUAAAAACCUGGAUUCAGGAGACCAGGGAACUCCUCCUCAAUCCCACACCAGACAUUGAUUCUUUACUGCAAGAGCUCGAGGUUGUACAUGGAGAUGUGAUCACCUAUCGCCAGAAUGUGGAUAAAUUAGCAGAGCAGCAACAGAGCAAGUACUUGGACCUCUACACCAUACUACCCUCUGAAAUCUCCAUGCAGCUGGCUGAGGUUUCACUUGCACUAGGUGCUAUUGAGGAUCAGGUUCUUUUAAAAGAGAGAGAGAUUCAGAAGACUAGAGAAAUUAAAGAGGACUUCAGCUCCAGAAUACAUGACAUCUCAGAGAAACUGAAAGCUGUUUCUGCUAAAUUCAAGGAAAAAUCCCCAGAUGUUGAACAUGCCAAAGAAGAAGUGAAGAGCCUGGCUGAGGACUUGGAUAGCUGUGGUCACACGCUCUCUGAAUUAGAUGCUGCUGUACAAGAAUUUGGCCGCAGAAAUCCUCUUCUGGCCAAACAGCUAAGUGAUGCCAUCAACAAGCUAUCUGAGAUGCAUCACCAGACAACACGACUAGCUGACUGCAGAAACAACUGGCUCAAGAAGGCUGUCUGCUAUUUAGAUGAGUAUAAUGAGAUGCUGGACUUCAUUUUGAGGUGGUCAGAGAAAGCCAAAAGCCUGGUGAGGGCAAACAUCAUCUGGAAUUCCUCCGUUCAUUUGCAGGAACAAAUACGAAUGUACCAGGCUGUCCUGCGAGAAUCUCGAGAACUUCAUGGAGACCUGGAAUCUAUGGUGGAGAAGGUGGAUCUCCUGUCUGAGGUGCUGCAGGUUGAGACUAUGAGUCAGCAGGUAUGUGAACUGAGUCGGCACACCGAGGAACUCCAGCAAAACAUCAAGAUCCGACUCCAGAGCUUGGAAGAUGCAGAUAAGAGUAUGGAAGCCCUGGAGUAUGAAGUGAAGGCCCUGCAUGUUGCCCUGGAGCAGGUCCAAGCCACACUGACCUCACCAGAGUUGGCACGUCAAAGCCUUAAAGAACAGCUGACUCAGAGACAGCGUCUUCUGGCAGAUAUGGAGAGCUUCAAGCAGCAGGUCCAGGCAGUUCAGCUGUGUCAGAGUGCUCUGCAGGUCCCAGAGGAGGUGAUGCCCAACCUGGCCAUCUGUCGCACUGGUCUGCGUCUGCAGCAGGAAGCCAGUCAUCUGCAGCAUGUGGCCAUUCAGCAGUGCAACAUCCUCCAGGAGGCUGUUGUGCAAUACGAGCAAUAUGAACAGGAAGUUAGAGACCUGCAGGGGCUGAUUGAAGAAGCACACCGUGUCAUUCAGGACCGACCGAUCCCAUCAAGCAACAUCCAGGAGCUGCAAGCACAGAUCCUUCACCACGAAGAACUAGCCCAGAAGAUCAAAGGUUAUCAAGAGCAGAUUGCUUCGCUGAAUUCAAAGUGCAAGAUGUUGGCAGUAAAGGCGAAGCAUGCCACCAUGCUGCUGACGGUCAGCGAUAUCGAGGGACUGCCUGAGGUCUUACAUGACAUGGACGAAGAGAAAGCAAAGAAAACAACAGCACAAGCUGUUAUGAUAACUGCCGGUCGCUGUCACACGCUCCUGUCUCCGGUAACGGAGGAGUCUGGGGAGGAAGGCACUAACAGUGAGCUGUCAUCUCCUCCUGUGUGUCGCUCUCCUUCCCCUGUCACUCAUACCGAGGCCGCUGUUUCCAAGAUUGGCCGAGGAACACUCACAAGAGCCCCAAUCCAAGAACUGUAUGACCCAACAUUUGAGUCUGUGGCCAAUUUAGAUGACCUGCAGCGCUCCUGGGAGACAUUAAAGAAUGUGAUCAGCGAGAAGCAGAGGUCUUUGUAUGAAGCUCUUGAGAGGCAACAGUAUUACCAGGGUUCCCUUCAGUCCAUCUCUUCUAAAAUGGAGGCUCUAGAGAACAAACUGAGUGAGCCACUGGAGGCAGAUAAAUGCCCUGAAAGUCAUGUUAAGGCCCACAAGGAUAUCAUACAUGAGAUUCAGAGUGUGCAGGAGGAGAUAGACCGGCUACAGACCAGCUUCACAGAUGAUCUGGCCACUGAUGUCAUGAACUCGGACAUGGCCAACCAGCUGGCGAUGCAGUCGUCCUUGUCUGUCUUAGCCGAACGGAUGGCCACAAUUCACAUGAAGGCCUCAGGGAAACAGCAGCUCCUUGAGGAGCGUGUCAGUGAUCGUCUGGAGAGUGAGCGUCAGGAACAGGCCGUCCAGCUGUACCACACUCAGGCAGAUGUGCUGGACCAGUGGCUGGUGCAAGCACAAAUGACAGUCCACUCCAUCCUCCAACCCACACACAUGGAUGAGAUGGAAAUGGAAAAGCAGCUGGCAGAGUGUCAGAACAUGCUGUUGGAGAUUGAAGAGAAGGUGUCGGCCCUGUCAGAGCUGUCCAUGCACAGUGACAAUCUGCUGAUGGAAGGUCGGAGAGAGACUAGAGGGGAGGCCCAACAUUUAGCCAGGAGGUUACACACGUUGAAGAGUGGUUUGUUGGAGCUACAGAGGAUGCUGCAAGACAAACAGAAUACUAUCCAGGGCUCUCUGCAGGAGCAGGAGGACAGUGAAUCCGACUCCAGCCUCUCUCAGAGUCCCAGUGUGCAGGACUGGCUAGCCCAGGCUCGAACCACACGCUCCCAACAGCAUCAGGACACUCUACAGAGACAGAGGGAACUGGAGGAGCAGCUUGCAGAGCAGAAAAAGCUGCUUCAGUCAGUUGCCAGCAGAGGAGAGGAAAUCCUCAUCCAGCAGGCCUCUCCUAGCAGUGCCACCACAGCAGAGCCAUUUUCAUCUGUAGCUUUCGCUGAGAGGGAAGCUCAGGCUGCACAAGAGCAGAUGAGGCAAAGAUGGGAGAGCAUGAGACUAGAGCUCAAAACCAAACUGCAACUCCUGCAGAAAACUCUGGAGCAGGACCACAAGCAACCGGUUUUUUCUAGACCAUCUCGUGUGACCACGGUUGGGACGUUGUUUAAAGGAGAGACCAAAGCUGACAAGGCCUGCCUUAAAACUCUGUAUGACAUCUUCAGACAGUCAAUAGAAGACAUGACCACUCAGCCUGGUGGUGGUGAGACACAGGUGGUGCAAAUGGAACAGCAGCUCUACACAGCUGUGUCAUCCACCUCCUCCUGGUUAGAUGGUGUGGAGAACAACGUCUUCUCUGGCUCAGUGCUGCUGGCUGAAAAUGCAGAGACGCAACUACAAAAACAAGAGACUUUAGAAAACGAUGUGAGGCAUGUCACAGAGGAUGUCAAGCUCAGCAAGGCUCUACUGGCUGGGUCUUCAGGGCUGAGGCGAGAGGAUCAGGCACUGCUGGAGGACAACCUAGACUGCCUGAAAGAAAGACUGGGAGCACUGGGUUGUGCUCUGGGACAGCGCUGUGACCACAUGAGAACGAGAGCACAAGAACUUACCACCUAUCAGACUGAGUUACAACUUCUCCAAACUGCUUUAAUUGAGACCAAGUGCCAGAUUCUUCAGGCUUUAGCUGGAGCCAUGGAUAGACCAGCCUCAAAACAACUGGAGGUUAUUGCGAGUGCAGAGGACAGCCUGAAAGACUUCGAACAGAGGAUCACAGACCUUAAAACCAGAGGAGCAGCUCUACAGGCCGAUCAGAUAUCAACCAACAAACUACUGAAACUCCAGGAUUCCUAUGAGGAACUGGUGAUGACAGUGGGUUCCCGUCGCAGUGGUCUAAACCAGAACAUGGCUUUGAAGGAGCAGUACGAGCGUGCUCUGCAGGACCUGACUGACUUGGUGGACACAGCUAGAGACAAGAUGGCUGCUGAUCAGAGGAUCAUUGCCAGCUCUGUAGAAGAAGUCCAGAAUCACCUAGACAAGCAUAAGGAGUUCUUUCAGGGUUUGGAAUCCCAUAUGAUUUUAACAGAAACAUACUUCAAGAAAAUCAGUGCUCUGAUGUUUCCCAAAGAGAGCCAAGCCCUGGAGGAGACACUGGUCCAGGCUCAGAGAAUCCUCAAAGAAGCACAUAGCAAGGGCGUUGAGCUGGAGUGUAUCCUUGAGACAUGGUGUCGCUUGGCGCAAGACUAUCAGAGCCUGAACCGACAGUUGGAGGCAGUUGAAGGAAGUAUCCCUACUGUUGGACUGGUGGAGGAGACUGAAGAACGGCUGCUUGACAGAAUCUCAUUGUAUCAGGGUCUAAAAGGGAGGCUGACAGAGCACCAGCACAGACUCUACCAGGUGUUGGAUGAGGGUAAACAUCUCUUGCAGUCAGUGUGCUGCCCUGCAUUAGAAAAUCAGCUCGCCCUUCUGGGGGAUCACUGGCUCAAUAACACCACAAAAGUCAACAAAGAGUUGCAGCGACUGGAGGCUACCCUAAAGCACUGGACCAGGUAUCAGAGGGAGUAUGCAGAGCUCAGUGAAUGGCUACAGUCUGCAAUGGAGCGUCUGGAGUUUUGGAACACCCAGGCUGUUCUAGUCCCUCAGGAGCUGGAAAGUGUCAGAGACCAUCUCGCUGCUUUUCUUGAGUUUUCUAAAGAAGUCGAAGGCAAAUCCAGCCUAAAGAUCUCAGUUGUAACCGUGGGCAAUCAGCUGCUGCGUCUGAAGAAAGUCGACACAGUGGUGCUGCGAUCGGAUCUGGCCCGCAUUGACACUCAGUGGACCGAGCUGCUCACACGCAUCCCAGUGGUGCAGGAGAAGCUGCAUCAGAUUCAAAUGGAGAAGUUGGCCUCUCGUCAUGCCAUCUCUGAACUGUUCAACUGGAUAUCAUUAAUGGAGAAUGUGAUUGAGGAGGACGAAGAAAAUCUCAAGAGUGCAGUGGGCUCCAGUGUGAUUCAGGACUAUCUGCAGAAAUACAAGGGUUUUAGAGUAGAUCUAAGCUGUAAGCAGCUGACUGUGGACUUUGUGAACCAGUCAGUGUUGCAGAUCAGCAGUCAGGAUGCGGAGAGCAAGCGCAGUGACAAGACAGAUUUUGCUGAGCGACUGGGAGCUAUGAACCGACGCUGGCAGAUCCUACAAGGCCGCAUUAAUGAGAGGAUCCAGUUCCUGGAGAGCCUGUUGGAGAUGUGGCUGGAGUAUGAGAGCAGCGUCCAGACCUUGAAGUCCUGGAUGGCCACACAAGAAGAACGGCUGAAAAGGAAACACAGGAUCGAGGACCUGACUUCUGUGCAGAAUGCACUCAAAGACUGCCAGGAAAUGGAGGACAUGGUGAAGGAAAAAGAGAAAGAAUUAGAGAGGGUGGAGGAGCAGGGGUGUGCCCUUGUCCAAAAUAAGACCGAUGAGGCGUGUGCUAUCGUCAUGGAGACACUGCAGGGUGUCAAUCACACCUGGGCAAACUUGGACCACUUGAUUGGGCAGCUGAAAAUCAGCCUGAAGUCAGUGUUGGAUCAGUGGAGCCUCUACAAACAGGCCUCAGAAGAGAUCAAUGGCUACCUGAUGGAGGGAAGAUAUUCUGUGUCUCGCUUCCGCCUCCUCACUGGCUCCCUGGAGGCUGUUCAGCUGCAAGUGCAGAGUCUGGAGAAUUUGCAAGAAGAACUGGAGAAACAAGAGAGCAGCCUGAGAAAGUUUGGUGCUGUGACCCACCAGCUGCUGAAGGAGUGUCACCCUUCAGUAUCAGAUUCACUCAACACCACCCUUAAGGAUGUCAAUGGAAGGUGGACUGGGCUACUAGAAGAGAUUGCAGAGCGUCUGAGAAGCAGCAAAGCCCUGCUUCAGCUAUGGCAGCGCUAUAAGGAGCUUUAUGAGCAGAGCUGCAGCAGUAUCCAGCUGCAUGAGGAGAAGGCGGGCCAUCUCCUCAAGACCGCCUGCAGCAAGGACAUCGCUGAUGAGCAAGUGUCCGACUGGAUCCACGAAUGCAGCGAGGUGCUUCGGUCGCAGGCUCCGGUACAGGCCUCCCUGCAGGUUUUACAAGAACUAGGUGAUCAACUCAAACAGCAGGUGGACACAUCAGCGGCAUCUGCCAUUCAGUCCGAUCAUCUGUCACUCAGCCAGCGCCUUUCUUCUGUAGAACAGGCUCUCACAAGACAACUCACCACACUCCAGACUGGAGUCCAAGACUAUGAAACUUUUAAUGAUCAGCUGGAUUCAUUGGGAAGCUGGAUAGCUGAAGCUGAGGAGGCUCUGAGGACUCAAGAUCCCAACGGCACCACUGAUCUCACAGUCAUUCAAGACCGGAUGGAGGAGCUUAAGAGACUCAUGCUGAAAUUCAGCAGCAUGGCCCCUGAAUUAGAGCGUCUGAAUGAACUCGGUUACCGCCUCCCUCUCAAUGAUUCAGAGAUCAAGCGCAUGCAGAACCUCAACAGGAGCUGGUCAACAGCCUCUGCACAGACAACGGAGAGAUUCAGCAAGCUGCAGUCAUUCCUGCUGCAGCAACAGACAUUCCUAGAGAAGUGUGAAACCUGGAUGGAGUUUUUGGUCCAAACAGAAGAAAAUCUUGCCGUAGAAAUUUCUGGGAACUACCAGAGUUUGAUGGAGCAGCAAAAGGCUCAUGAGUUAUUCCAAGCUGAGAUGUUCAGUCGUCAGCAGAUUCUUCAUUCGAUCAUUAGUGAUGGACAGAGGAUGUUAGAGCAAGGCCAGGUUGAUGACAGAGAUGAGUUCAACCUGAAGUUGGCACUGCUGAGUAACCAGUGGCAGGGCGUCGUGCGUCGUGCCCAGCAGAGGCGGGGCAUCAUUGACGGCCUCAUCCGUCAGUGGCAGCGCUACAGAGAAAUGGUAGAGAAGCUGCGGAAGUGGCUUGUGGAGGUCUCCCACCCUGCAGAGGCGCCUCAGACAGGGACCACUGUGCCUCUGCAGCAAGCCCGCUCCAUGCUGGAUGCUGUACAGCUGAAGGAAAAGGUGCUACAGCGCCAGCAGGGCAGCUAUAUUCUGACAGUGGAGGCCGGCAAGCAGCUGCUCCUCUCAGCUGAUAGCCGGGCUGAGGCGUCACUGCAGGCAGAGCUUACAGAUAUCCAGGAGCGAUGGAAACAAGCCAGUGUCUGCCUGGAUGAACAGAAGAAAGAGCUGGCCACCUUGUUAAAGGACUGGGAGAGGUGUGAGAGAGGUAUCUGUGGAUCACUGGAAAAACUUCGAGCUUUCAAACGCCAACUCACUCAGCCUCUUCCUCAUCACCAGGAGGACCUACAAGCUGAGCAGAUGCGCUGCAAGGACCUAGAGAACACAUUUGACGGCUGGACUGGGGACCUGGCCCAUCUGACUGUGCUGAGAGAGUCACUGUCAUGCUACAUCAGCGCUGAAGACCUUUCAGUCUUGCAGGAGCGUAUCGAGCUCCUGCAUCGACAGUGGGAUGAAAUCUGCCACCAGCUAUCACUACGGAGGCAGCAGGUAAAUGAGAAACUGAAUGAGUGGACUGUAUUUAGUGAGAAAUACAAGGAACUCUGUGAAUGGCUCACCAACAUGGAGAGCAAAGUUUCCCAGAAUGGAGACAUCAGCAUUGAGGAGAUGAUUGAGAAACUCAGAAAGGACUACCAGGAGGAGAUUACCAUGGCUGAAGAGAACAAGCUGCACCUACACCAGCUGGGGGAGCGCCUCGCAAGAGCCAGUCACCAAAGCAAAGCCACUGAAAUUGAACAAAAGCUCAGCAAAGUUAGUGACCGCUGGCAGCACCUCCUGGAUCUGAUUGGAGCGAGAGUGAAGAAGCUGAGAGAGACUCUUGUGGCUGUGCAGCAGCUGGAUAAGAAUAUGAGCAGCCUGCGCUCAUGGCUGGCUCACAUUGAGACAGAACUGUCCAAACCUAUUGCCUACGACACCUGUGACUUCCAGGAGAUUCAGAGGAAACUCGGUCUGCAGCAGGAGCUUCAGCGUGACAUCGAGAAGCACAGUACAGGAGUGGCAUCUGUGCUGAAUCUUUGUGAGGUGCUUCUGCACGACUGUGACGCCUGCGCCACCGAUGCAGAGUGUGACUCCAUCCAGCAGGCCACUCGUAGCCUUGAUCGCCGCUGGAGGAGCAUCUGUGCCUUGUCUAUGGAGCGGAGACUCAAGAUUGAGGAGACGUGGCGUUUGUGGCAGAAAUUCUUAGAUGACUUUGCACGAUUUGAUGAGAGGCUGGCUACUUCAGAAAAAACUGCUGCUCUUCCCAAUUCCUCUGGUGUCUUGUACACUGUAGCAAAGGAGGAACUGAAGAAAUUUGAGGCCUUCCAGAGGCAAGUCCAUGAAAGCCUGACCCAACUUGAAUUAAUCAACAAGCAAUACCGCCGUCUGGCCAGAGAGAACCGCACUGACUCGUCCUGUCGCCUGAGAGAGAUGGCUCACGAUGCUAAUCAGCGAUGGGACAACCUGCAGAAGAGAGUAGUAUCAAUCCUCCGCAGGCUCAAGCACUUUAUUAAUCAGAGAGAGGAGUUUGAAACAGCCAGAGAUGGCAUCCUUGUGUGGCUGACUGAGAUGGACCUGCAGCUGACCAACAUUGAACAUUUUUCUGAAUGUGACAUCCAGGCCAAGAUCAAACAGCUCAGGUCCUUCCAGCAGGAGAUUUCCCUGACCACAGCCAAAAUUGAACACAUCUUCCACCAGGGAGAGGCGCUGAUAGAGAAGAGUGAACCCCUGGAUGCUGCAGUUAUCGAAGAGGAGCUGGAAGAGCUGCAGCGCUACUGCCAGGAAGUGUUCGGCCGAGUAGAGCGCUACUACAAGAAGCUCAUCCGUCUCCCUCUUGCAGACGACGAUACUGAAGUGUCAUUUUCAGACCGUGAGCUGGAGCUGGACGAGCCCGGCGAUUUGUCCAACGUGCCGUGGAAUGAGCGUUUGGGGGAUGGAUUCUUGUCGCCUCUGCCUUCUUCUGGGCGAUCGGCCUCCCUGGCAGCCCAGCUGAGGACCGAGCGUUCUGGCAGAGACACCCCUGCCAGCGUGGACUCCAUUCCUCUGGAGUGGGACCAUGACUAUGACCUGAGUCGUGGUCUGGAGAGUGCCAGCAGGGCUCUGAGAGAGCAGCAGAGUGAAGAGGGAGAGUUCCUCCAGCGGGCUGCUUCAGCCUUAUCCGAUGUACUGAUCCCAGAGAGCCCCGAGGCCUAUGUUAAACUAACAGAACAAACACUGAGGUCCUCCACUGGUGAGGUUGCCUCUUCAGAUUCGCAUACCCACCCUCUGGACACCAGCCGUUUCCAGUUGGACAGCAGCCGCAGUCGAACGCCAACGAGCGCAGAACUGGAUGGAUCAUACAUGGGAUACAUGCGACUCCUCGGCGAGUGCCGUGGCAGUAUUGACACAGUGAAGAGGAUGGGUUUUGAGCUGAAAGAAGAAGAGGACAAAGCGUCUGGACUCGCAGAUCCCAGCAGCUCUGAGUCCCAGACAUCAGGUGUAAUUGAGCGCUGGGAGCUUCUGCAGGCUCAGGACCUGAGCAAAGAGAUGCGCACAAAGCAGAACCAGCAGCAGUGGCAGCAGCUGAACUCUGAUUUGAAUAAUGUGUGGACUUGGUUGGGUCAAACUGAGGAGGAACUGGAGCAGCAGCAGAGGCUGGACCUCAGCACUAAUAUACAGACCAUCGAACAGCACAUUAAAAAACUAAAGGAGCUGCAAAAGGCUUACGACAAGCGGAAGGCCAUUGUACUUUCUAUCAACUUAUGCAGCGCUGAGUUUGUGCAGUCGGACACAGAAGAAACCUGCGAACUACAAGCCAGACUGAAAGACAUGAAUAACCGCUGGGACAAACUGGGCGCAUCGCUGGAUGAGUGGAGGACCUCUUUACAGGAAGCUCUGAUGCAAUGUCAAGAAUUCCAUGAGAUGAGCCAUGGUUUGCUGCUCUGGUUGGAAAAUAUUGACCGUAGGAGGAAUGAGGUGGUUCCCAUUGACCCCAUCCAGGACAGUGACACCCUCCAAGAGCAUCAUAAAACAUUUACACAAAUCCGCCAGGAGUUGCUGGACUCUCAGCUGAAAGUGGCUUCCUUACAAGACAUGUCCCUGCAGUUGCUGGUCAACUCUCAGGGCAGUGACUGCUUGGAGGCCAAGGAGAAGGUGCAUGUGAUUGGAAACCGCCUGAAACUUCUGCUAAAGGAAGUAACCCGAGAUCUCAGAGAGCUGGCUAAGAUUCUAGACAUUACAAGUAGUCAGCAGGAUCUGUCUUCUUGGUCAUCUGCAGAUGAACUGGACACAUCUGGUUCCCUCAGUCCUGUAUCAGGAAGGAGCACACCAAGUCGUCAACGAUCGCAACGGGGCAAAUGUAGUCUGUCACAGCCUGGACCGUCUGUGAGCAGUCCACUCCACAGGUCUCUCGACGCUGGAUCCGCUUCCUCCCCUUCUGAUCCGGACGUGUCGUCGGCUCGUGGGUCGUCAUUCCUGCGGCGCGUUCUGUGGGCAGCGUUGCCUUUCCAGCUCGUCAUGCUGCUGUUAGUGAUCUUGGCCUUCCUGCUGCCUAUGUCUGAGGAGGACUACUGCUCUCAGUCAAACAACUUUGCUCAUUCCUUCUACCCGAUGCUCAGCUACACAAACGGACCACCGCCGGUGUAGGCGAACCCCUGAGAUCUCAGCACAAGACCUUAAUCUGACUGGCCCAACAUGUUGUGAGCAGAAGAAAAAACACAAAAGAAACUAACUGGUUCAUCUUCGCCAUCUCAGUAAAUAUCUUUGUGUGUAGCACAUACAUAGGAUUAAGCAUUUAACUAUCUGUGCGAUGCUCUGUCAACGAAGGAGCGUCUUUGGUGAAACAAGAUGACGAACCAAACUGUCUCGAGCUGGAUGAAGGAACUGUGGUUGUUUCAUUUCUCUCAAGAAAACUGGAGAGCACCAAAAUCCACUCCUGAAAUAUAGCCUGUGAAUUUGCUUGUAACUGAAAAAUUUGUACAAAUAACAUUUAAUAUAUCUUACAUUGCAAUUAUUUUUUUACCUGUAUUUUGGCAUGCAGUAAGAACCUUUGCUUUUAUUUACUUUGAUCCCACAUUGUCUGUGGUUAAACCAUCCAUUUUUAACUUGAAUUUCGUCAACUCAUUCAAGCCAUGUGUUUUAAUAUCAGAAUCAAAAUGAAUCUAACCUUUUCACAUCAGUCUCUCAUGGUCUUUAUACAUUUUGCUGUUUUAUUUUUUAACAUGAACUACGUCUGUAAGAUUGAGAAUUAUGACACAGAACUGUUGUAUAUUUUGUAUCUGUCCGUUCAGUAUCAAAUGUAUGACGGUCCCAGAUUAUUUAAUGUCUAUAUAAUGGUACAAAAUAAUAUGAAAAAUAUAUGUAUAUGCAACCAUCUGAAAGAAUGAAUGCCAAAACUUAAUUUUCA